AUGGACUCGCUGAUUGUUUCGGCUGAGCCAGGACUGACUCAUGACAUCCUUGCAUCGCGCAUGUCGGUUUGGCCAAAAGCCUGCAAUCAAGAAGCGGCCAUCGAAGAUCUGAUGAUACAAGUCAAGAAGAUCAAGUACGACGUCAUCGGACUGACAGAGACGAGACGACGUCACCCUCUCAACGCUGUAUGUGAAACUGGAGAAGAACUGUUCUAA